AUGGAAAUCUUACGUGCAGAAACAAAUGAUUAUCAUCAUUUAAAAAAUACGGAUAGUCCGGCAAAAUCAUCUCGAGCAUCAUCAUCAUCAUCAACAAUUGAUGAUGAUGAUGAUGAUUGUUUUUCUAAUGUAAGUGUACAUGAUGAAAAAGUUCGGUCAACUAGUAGUACAAAUAAGAAUGAAAAUGAUAGUACGGAUUCAUCAACAAAUAUAAAUCGUUCAAUAUCAUCAACCAAUGAUUAUUUACAUCAACGUGAACAUCUUGCAAAAGAAUAUAAAGAUUAUGAAGAUCGUUGGUUAGCACAUCGAAAUUUUCUUCUUUAUACACAAUCCUUUGCUAUGAAACCAGACGAUCGUGAUCGUUUAUUUACACAAUUAAAUACGAAUAAUAAUGAAGAAAAUUCUCCUCUAAAUCAAUUACAAAUUCAACAACAAUUAUUUCAUCGUUUAUCAAAAGAAGAACGAGAUCGAUUUCUAGCAGCUGCAUUAUAUCAACAACAACAACAACAGCAACGAAGUCCUUAUAAUUUUCAUUCAUAUCCAUGGGCAGCUAAUUCAACAACACCAUCGAUACUUUCACCAACACUAAACGUUACAACACAAGUUCAAUCAUCAUCAUCUGAUAAUCAACAACCACCAAGAUCACCUGGUUCAGAUGAUAGUGGAAAUCAAUCUAAUUCUGGUAGUACAACUGAAUGGACUUUUGAAGAACAAUUUCGUCAGCUCUAUGAAUUAUCCGAUGAACCAAAACGUAAAGAAUUUCUUGAUGAUUUAUUUGCAUUUAUGCAAAAACGUGGUACUCCGGUUAAUCGAAUACCUAUUAUGGCUAAACAUGUACUUGAUUUAUAUGAAUUAUUUCGUUUGGUUGUUGGUAAAGGCGGAUUAGUUGAAGUCAUUAACAAAAAAUUAUGGCGUGAAGUGACGAAAGGUCUUAAUUUACCAAGUUCGAUUACUAGUGCUGCAUUUACUUUACGUACACAGUAUAUGAAAUAUUUAUAUCCAUAUGAAUGUGAAAAAUUACAAUUAAGUUCAUCUGGUGAAUUACAAGCAGCUAUUGAAGGAAAUCGACGUGAAGGUCGUCGACCAUCCUAUGCAUUUGAAUAUUCAUCACCUCCACAAAUCAUGCCUCCACCACCGCCACCACCACCCAUAACAACAGCAUCAGCAAAUGGCUUUCUUGCUAGUCCGCUUGCACACAGACCAUUGGAUCCAAAUCAUGCGGCUAUGGCUGCUGCAUUAUCUCACCCAUUUUUUCUUGCGGCUGCAGCAGCAGCAUCUUCAUCAUCAUCACGCGAUGUUAAUGAAUCAUCAUCAUCAAUGAUUUCACGAAUCCCUUCAUUUGAAGAUCAUCACCGUAUAUCAUCACCAAUAAAACGAAGUAUUUCACCUUGUUUUUUAUCAAAAUCUAACGAUGAUACAACAAAAAAAUUUGCAUCAACAACAAAUUCACCUUCAUUAUUAUCUCAAGUUAGUAAAUUAAAAAUAAUUUCAAAAGAUCAAGCUUUGGAACAACAAAUUAAUGAAAAAUCAAUUAAUUUUGCCAUUGAAUUAAAUGGAAUUGCUUAUCAGGGUACAUUAUAUGCAUCAACAUUUACCGGUAGCAAAGAAUAA